AUGGCUUCGAUUCUGUUUGAAUGCUUUAUCGUCAAUUCAGCAGUCGCUAGAUACGGUCACCGAGCCUACGUGGGCCCAGCUAGGACCGACCCUGAUCAUAUACGAAAGUACACCGAUGAGGUUGCGGAAUAUGAUUACAAACAGGCAAUCAGCACCAUCCAGAGGGAUAACGCUUUGGCUAUGGGUAAGGGUGUGCAGAAUCGGUAUUAUGAAACAAUCUUCUGGAAAGUCAUUCUCAAGGGUGCAGCUUUAAUCGAUCCUUCCAGCUUGCCGUCCGCAAAAGGACCUGCCGACGGCUUCACCAUGGUGGAGAAAGCUGCAACUAAGAGGUUCAUGGAAGAUGCUGGAUACAGGCUAGGUGCAGAAAAUCAACGGCAGUGCCGGAUCUUUUGGAGAAACCUUCUCAAAAUGCGCGAACUCGGUAUCGAAAAAGUCUUAUAUUACCGCACCAAAGAAUUUGACAGCUACUGCAAAGGGUAUCCCAAAACAUCAAAAACCUCUCUUGUGGAUACAAUCAAGAAGUGGGAGGCCCAGUAUAGACCUCAUAUCGAACAGCUAGAAACGCAGCUUCUCAGGCUCGGGAAAGGUGACCUGGCGCGCGUAUCUGAUCUUGACAAUCCUCAAGUUACUGAGAGGCUGAAAGUUCAGGAGUCCUGUUGGAAUUGUGCCGGAAAUGAAUGGGCUUUCCUCACCGAGGAAGAAAGCUACAAGGAAAUUGGCUUGCAGACUUUCUCACCUGAUAUGGUAUGCGCACUCUACGACAACCAAGUAGUGUCAGAGUCUGGUGGAGAUAAGUCUUCAUUUACCUUCCUCUUGCCGAAAGACGACAGUAGUUCUUUGCUCGUUUGUUCCAUCAUCCCCGUGCACGAGGGAGAUUUUCUAGGUGUGUUUUCUGGUAAGAUUCGUUUCUCGGAAACCUGGAGUCCCACACACGGUAUUCGCGGUCCUGUCGACAAUCUGUGGCUAGACUACUCACAAGUCACUGGUACGCUGAACCAAAUGCUCGUCUCCGAACCUGGUGGUUCCGCAAAUGUUCGGACCCAUUGGGAAUUAAUCUAUGAUGAUGUUGACACAGAGAAUUGCACCUCCUGGAGAGUUUCGGUGAAAGCUUCUAAGCCAAUAAUGCCUUUUGAACCUCUCGUUCGUGAGGCUGCUCAGCAAGAACAAUAUGUAUUGCACUUAUCUCCUGAGCAUGCAAAGAGAGGCUUUCUCGAACUUUGCGAAACUGACUGA